AGGAUGCGAACGCCUCAUCCUAAAACCACUGGACGACGGUAGCCUAGUUUGUAUGAUAAACCAGUUAAGCUGCUUUUAGCGAAAGUCGUAAACGAUGAACAUCGAGGGGGAGGAGACGCGCAAACCAAUCCGCCUUAUCGCGGCUGUCUGCAGUGACAUGGGCAUAGGAAAGAACGGACAGCUUCCCUGGUGUCUUCCAAAAGAAUUUCAGUUCUUUAUAGACACAAUUACAGCUGUGUCAGCACCUGGAAAGAAGAAUCUGCUUGUCUGGGGCCGAAUAUCCUGGUUCUCCUGUCCUGAAACAGUCUUCCCUUUGGCCAACUGCUUAAAUUUGGUAUUGAGCAGGAAGAUGAGUCCAGUGCCUCCACAUGCCCACUAUCUGUGUAAGGAUUUCGGGUCUGUAAUUCACCUGGCUUCUAAGCCUCCUUUAUGUCACAUUGUGGAGACCAUCUGGGUUUUAGGAGGUCCAGAGGUAUAUAAGGAAAGUCUUGAGCAUCCAUGGUGUGAUCUCAUCUAUCUCACCGACAUCAUGGCCGACUUUGACUGCAAUGUCUUUUUCCCAAAAUUUGACCGCAAUGUUUUCAGAAAACAAAAGCGCUUUUCUGGAGUACCAGAUGAAAUUCAUGAAGAACAUGGUAUUACAUUUCAAUUUCAAGUAUUCAAGAAAGAAGCUUAAAACUGAAGCCAUGAGGAGACAAGACUGUCAAACAUGAUACUAGAAUCAUUUUAUGUUUACAUAAUCUGAAACUACGGAGCCCCUAAGGCAGGGUUCCUCAAAUCUUGCCCUGGAGGGCCAAUGCGCUACAGAGUUUAGC